CAGUCAAGAGCGGACGACACGAUGUCCUCUACGUCGACUUUCGACCAAGGCGUGGUCCCGGGCAGCGGGGCGACCCAGACGACGUCCUCAGGCCCUCCUCCAUCGGGAGGCGGUGGUGGAGCGACUCCGCCCGGAAACUCCAAUUCCUUCCAAGGCGAGCAGCCGACACUGUUGACAACCCCUGGAACCUAUGCAUUGCAAAUAUGUCGGGGUCUGGAAACUUGUGAUGCAAGGAAGGGAAUGGUGCGCACAUUGUAAUGCGCUGCCCAGCAUGACAGGUUUUUCCGUGGUUCUGAGUUGCGUAAUCCGCAUUAGAAACUGCGUUUUUGCGUGGCAGACCAGAGGAGCUCUUCGCGGCCAUGCAGUACAAAGUUCAGAGUCAUGCCAGACUAGCAUGAUAAAUCUCGCAGUCUCCCAGACCAAGACACAUUUGCAAUGCAUACAACAUCGGCGCCGUCGAGAAGGUCCAUGUUGGGGGACCCGACCCGGUCGGGCCACCCAGGG